AAUCUUCUUUUACCCUCUUUUGCAAAGUCGAUUUUUUCUAUAAAGUCAGCAAACGUCGAAGUUAGGCCACCAGCAACAGAUAGGCGCAUGCAGAUUAACAAAUUACCAGCUGCAGGUGUUGCUGUUUUUGUAGGAAUGACCCGUGUCAUUCACAACCACCCGAAUGCACACGAGCUCUUGUUUUGUCCUGAAGAAACGACGUCUUCAGAGGAAUGAUGAGGUUUGUUAGCCUGCAGAUUUAACGGAAGCUAAUCCCUAGUUUAGCAAAUCCAUUAGCGCGUAUCAUGGCAAUUGGCAAAUGGAGCCUGUUGCUGAUUUUGAUUUGGAAUAGUGGUUGGGAUUUUGGAGAUUUCCGGGCAAGAAUCUGGAGGCAGUGAAAGGUUCCGGUGGGCAUCGCCGCCUUGGGACCCCGACCAAUUCUUGGCUUCUGGAUGAUUCGAAGAAAAUGAGCAAACCUCUCGAACGCCUCGCCGGCAUUGAGCUCUGGUGUACGGCGGCGCCGGCGACCUGCCGGCGACGGGUCGCCGGCGUCGUGGAGGAACGCACGAAUGAGAAGUUGAAAACGCCUUGGUUUCUUUUGGUUUUUAUUACGAGAAGGGCGUAGUAGUAGUUGUUACGUUAAGCGACAAAGUUUGAUAAAUAAUCUCUAAUCGCGUAGACGGCGCCGGCGCCGGCGAUGGCGUCGCCGGGCGGGAAGGGGCUGGUCGCGUGCAACGCGGCCAUCUCCCGCUGCUCGCGCGCGGGGCUGCACCGGCGGGCGCUGGCGCUGUUCACCGAGAUGCGCGCGCGGGGACUCCGCGCCGACGAGUACACCCUCCCGCCGAUCCUCAACUCCGCCGCGCUGCUCCGCGCCCCGCCCGCGGCGGCGCUCCACGCGCUCCUCCUCCGCGCGGGGCUCGCGUCGCACCUCCAUGUCGCCAACGCCCUCGUCGACGCCUACGCCAAGCUGUCCCGCCUCGGAGCCGCGCGGGCGGUGUUCGACGAAAUGCCGCGCCGGGACGUGGUCACCUGGACCUCCCUCGUCACCGGGCUCGCCCGCGCCGGAUCCCACGGCCUGGCCGUUCGCGCCUACCGCGACAUGGUCGCCGCUGGGGUCGCCACCGACGAGUUCGCCGUCGCGGCCGUGCUCAGCUCGUGCGCCGGCUCGACCGCGCUCGAGCUGGGCCGGUCGGUGCACGCCGCGGCGGUCCGGUCCGGGCACGAGCCGUUCCUCUCGGUCGGCAACUCGCUCGUGUCCAUGUACGCCAAGACCGGCUCGCUCCGCGACGCGCGCACGGUGUUCGACGCGAUGCGCUCCCGGUGCGCCAUCACGUGGACGGCGCUGAUCGUCGGGUACGCGCAGAACGGCCGGGGCAGGGAGUCCCUCGCCGUCUACGCCGACAUGGCCCGCUCCGGCUGCAGGCCGGACUACGUCACCUUCGUCGGCCUGCUCUUCGCCUGCAGCCACGCCGGGCUGCUCGACGCCGGCCGCGCCCACUUCCAGUCCAUGCAAUCCGAGCACGGCAUCUCCCCGGGGCCGGACCACUACGCCUGCAUGGUCGACCUGCUCGGCCGCGCCGGCCGCCUCGGCGAGGCCGUCGACCUGCUCGACCGGAGCCCGGCGGCCGAGCUGGACGCCACGGUCUGGAAGGCCCUCCUCGCCGCGUGCCGGACUCACCGGAACGCGGCGCUCGCCGAGCGCGCGGCCGGGAUGGUGUGGAGGCUGGAUCCGACGGACGCCAUGCCGUACGUCAUGCUGUCCAACCUCUACUCGCGGGCGCGGCGGUGGGGCGACGUGGCGAGGGUGCGCGCGCUGAUGAGGUCGCGGGGCAUCAGCAAGGAGCCCGGGUGCAGCUGGGUGGUGGUCGCCGGCGUGACGCACGUGUUCCACGCCGGGGACAGGGAUCACCAGCGGGCGGCGGAGAUCUACCGGAAGGCGGAGGAGAUGGCGGCGAGGAUCCGGGCUCGGGGGCACGUGCCGGACACCGAGUGGGCGCUGCAGGACGAGGCGCCGGAGGGGAGGGAGAUGGGGCUGGCUCACCACGGCGAGAGGCUCGCCGUCGCGUUCGGCCUCCUCGCCGUGCCAGCCGCCGCGCCCAUCCGCGUGUACAAGAACCUCCGGGUGUGCGGCGACUGCCACGCCGCGAUCAAGAUGGUCGCCGAGGUGUACGGCAGGGAGAUCAUACUGAGAGACUCCAACUGCUUCCAUCACAUGAAGGAUGGUUCAUGUUCUUGUGGAGAUUACUGGUAACUGGAGCUUAGUACGAUUGUGUUGUCUUUGACCAUUUUUGGUUGAUUCACUCUAUAGGCAAUUAGGCAUGUGCAUAAGAGAGAGAACCAGCAUUGCAUUCCAACGAGCAUCUGGGAGUCCUUUGAAAAAUUGCUUGAAUUUCUAGUAGAUCAGAUUGCAUCAAAGAUGACAGUGAUGAUGUACAAUGGGCUAGUAUGCUAGUAUCAGAAGGCCGCAUUUUACUA